UGAGAUUGUGUAAAGUAAAUUACAUUGUUUGUUGAAUAAAUCAGUAAUUUAUUCAUUUGUUUUUGAUUAAUAAUAGUGUAAGCAAUAGUACCGUUAAUACACCAAUAUGCCUGCAGCGGAUGAACCAGUAGAAUCUGAAGAAACGCAAGAAAUAAAAUUUGAUGAUGAUAACAUUGUGAUGCACUGUGCCUUACGCGGGGAUUUGGAUAUGCUUAAAGCUGCACUGGAUAAUAACGAUGACCCACACCAUGAUGCUGCAUUAGAAAAAAUCAAUCAAAGAAAUAAUGUUGGGAAAACACCAUUAGAAAUAGCAUGCAUGCUUGGAAGAGAAAAUAUUGUGCAAGAGUUGAUCAAACGUGGAGUUGAAGUUAAUGACCAAACAGGAGCAGGUUAUUCUGCAUUGCAUAUUGCUGCAAGCUGGGGUUCAAGACAUUGUUUAGAAGUUCUUGUGGAGAAUGGAGCAAAAUUAAAUGCAAGAAAUAAUCACGGAGAGACUGCUAGACUUGCUGCGUCAAGAUACAACAAAGAAGAGUGUGUUCAAUUUCUUGAUUGGGCAGCUGCCAAGAAAACCUUAGAAGAUUUCAUCGCAGAACUUCGUGAAAUGAUAUCUGACCCAGAAAAACUUCAAGGCAUCAAAUUAUCGAAAGAAGAAAAGACAUCCACUAUUUCUACGUGCAAUGAGAAGCAAGAAUGGCUUGAUAACAACCCUGAAGCUACGGUAACAGAUUUUUUAUCAAAAAAACAAGAACUGGAAAAAGAUGUUGAGAAUUUAUUGGCAAAAAUUAAUUCACCACCUCCUAACACAGGAAGCACAGGGAGGAAGUGAUUUUCAUAUCUUCAGCAUUACAAUUUGACAUGGAUGUAUCUUUAUUAAAUAAACAGUUUCAUGGAAAUUGACGUCUAAAUACUGUACUGUGAACAAUAUUUUUUCUGACGUUUUUAUUUUAUACAUAUAUAUGUACUGUUUUUUAAAUUUUGGAAUAUGCCGAUACGUUUUGAUAAAAA